AUGCCAACUGACGACACUGCGAGGAGCACCCGCUGGCUAGCGCAGCCAUCUGGGCCUUGCUGCCUGAAAGGAACAUUGCACGAUGGUACAUCGCGCGGGCAUUUUGAAGCAGUUGCUGGUGUUGAAACAUAUAUUUCGCGGCCCAAAGCCGAUUAUGCAAAUGGUCAUAUCUUGUUUUACUUUCCUGAUGUCUGGGGGAUGUUUCCUAACGGUCUUCUGGUAAUGGAUGCCUUCGCGGAUGCGGGAUAUCUCGUGCUGGGCUUGGAUUAUUUCCGAGGAGACCCCGUGUGGAAGCAUCGCCGCGAUCGUCACGAUCAAUCCAAUCCGGAUUUUGAUUAUGAGGCAUGGAAAAAGAAGCAUAUGGAGUUUGCAGACAAAGCGGUUCCAAAAUGGAUUGACGAGGUAAAACGAAAGUAUGGCCAACCAGCAACCAAAUAUGCAUGCGUGGGAUACUGCUUUGGUGCUCCAUACGUGUGCGACGAAUUGGCCAAAGAGAGUGUAACUGCCAGUGCCUUUGCUCAUCCAGCUUUCUUGAAGGAAGAACAUUUUACAAACGUUACCAAACCCUUAUUCCUGUCUUGCUCCGAGGAGGAUCAUACAUUUGACCAGAACUCUCGUCGUACGGCCUUGGGAAUCCUACAGUCUGGGCGCAAACCCUAUCAUCUCCAACUAUUUUCGGGCGUUGAGCACGGCUUUGCUCUUCGCGGGGAUAUGAAAAAUCCUUAUGAACGAUAUGUGAAAGAACAAAGUCUACAGGGUAUUGUACAGUGGUUUGAUUUCUGGCUGUCUUAG